ACGUCCACUUCGCAAGUCGCACCACUUCGCACGUAUAUACGUACUGACAAGUGGGUGAUGGCCGCCUGACGUUUCACUUUCGUUGGAAUUUACCGAAUUGAUCUCGCGUGUGCGUGCCUCGAGAUCGUUACGGGGCCGGUGAUGAGCGCGCGGCUGCUCGACUAGAUCCAUUCGAUCCCGAACGAGCGGCACGCCGAGGAACGACAGCAUUUAUGCCCGAAAGGGACACGGCUGGCGACAUGAGCAAGUCCGGGGAAGGCAAUCUGAGGCAUCUCCACUUUCAGCAGACAGUGGAGUUUACUGGACGGGAGGAUCAACAUUCAGUUGAAUUGUGUAGCACAAAUGUGACCAUUAUCCCUUCUCCUGGUGAUCACGAUCAUGGUAGUUCUAAAGUAAAGUUGAAGAACAUUGUUGAUUUCACAUGGGAUCAUCAUCUUUAUACCGGCCAGUUGUUGGCCGUUCAUGUAUCUGGAAAAUAUUUAGCCUAUGGUUUAAAAGUCAGUGCCGGUGGUGGGGUAAUUCGUGUUGUAUACAAGGAAUUAGAACAUAGAGCUCUGCUACGAGGAAUGCGUGGUGCUAUUCAAGAUCUUGCGUUCGCCCAUGUUUCAAAUGCAAUUCUUGCGUGUAUCGAUUAUACAGGAUCACUUUUUAUACACACAAUUGAACCUACGCCGUCUGAAUUAUUAUGUAGUUUAGUAUUACAAGUAGACGCGGAAGACGUUUCUCCAACUAGUCACCGAGUGAUCUGGUGUCCGUACAUCCCAGAGGAUGAUGCCUCUGACGGAGACGAAGUAUCAAAAUUAUUAGUCCUAACUCGUGGUUCCAAGGUUGAAUUGUGGUCGGUUGCGACAAUAGCGUCAAGAUUUAGAUCAGUAGAGGCAACAGAUCCAAGUAUUAAAGAAACUGGUGGCAUGAUGGAAAUUGAUCAACACUCAGGAACUAUUGUUGAAGCCACACUUAGUCCAGAUGGCACCGCAUUAGCAACUGCUAGUACAGAUGGAGAAGUGAAAUUCUUUCAAGUCUUCCUUCAUAAUAAUUCUCACAACGGCCAACCGCAACCACGUUGUUUACAUCAAUGGAGGCCUCAUGGAGGACGACCCAUUUCUUGCCUAUUUUUCCUUGAUGAUCAUAAAAAUUAUCAGCCUGAUGUUCAAUUUUGGAGAUUUGCUGUGACGGGGUGUGACAAUAAUUCAGAACUAAAAGUAUGGUCAUGCGAAUUGUGGACUUGUUUACAAACAAUCAAAUUUGCUCCAAAUCCUUCUACGGGCAAAGUGCCGGUACUAAAAGCGGGCUUAGAUCUUAGUGCUGGAUAUCUAUUUCUAUCAGACAUAUAUAAUAAAAUUUUAUAUGUACUAAGUCUUUCAAAAGACAAAGGUGAGGCGCUAGCAUGCAUAAGCACGGUAUCAGAGUUUCUCCUGCCAUAUCCAAUUCUAAGUUUUGGAAUUGUCGAGGCCGAUCAACGUAAAAUACGGUCGACCGGCGAAUCACUGGAAGAUCUAUGUGAAGAGAUCGAAGAGAACGAUGAACAACUUGUCAUUUAUAUGUAUCUAGUCCAACCAAAGUCGUUACAAGAGUGUCACAUUGCCUUUAAACCUGCCUCACAAGGAAGUGGCAAUUAUCUUAUAGGUACACGUACUCACGAUUCGCUGGAUUAUUCUGAAGAUAUGCCAGAUAUGGGAACCGCUGCUCACAAUGGCAUGUCCGAAGAGAAUUGUGAGGGAGAACGAUCUUUAUCUACCACAACCGAAACGAUAAUUAAUCAUAGUGGUGGUGGCUUAAACUUAAUGACGCCUGAUGCAUUCAGUUCGCCUGCAAAAAAAGAGAACAACGAAUUGGAGUCUGAUCCCGAAAGUCCAGAUUUGAGGAAAGUCUUGUCUAGUAGUCCUAUUGCACAAGCGGUACAAGCUUUGAACGCAUCUGACCCGCCACUCGUGAAAAACGAGAUAGAAGAGCAAACUCCUGCCAGUUGCGGUAGCAGUCCAUCUAGAGAAGUAAGAGAAAUUUUGUCUCUUUCUAAACCAGAUGAAGAAACUGAUAUCGAUGGCAAGCCGGAAACGAAAACGAACGCUGAUGAGGAUUGGUCUAAUAUCCCAAUGGUCCUGCUUAAGGACGUUAGUGUGCAUGCGAUGCAAGAGUCGGAAGAAUUUCCCGAAGAUGAUGAGAAUAAUGUUCAAAGGCAGAAGAUGAAAGAUGAACCGAAGACGUCUCUUCCUACCGAUGAUCCUGGAACAUUAUGGCGAACAAACAACGACAUCAAUAAUCUCGAAAUAAACAACAAAUUGAAAUCUAUUUUAGAGAUAGUUCAGGAUCAGUGUCAAGAGUUAAAAGAAUUACGCGCAGAAGUUACUAGAUUGCAACAAGAAUCGCCAGUAACUACGCAAAUAGAAUCCGCAUUGACGAGAAUGUCUCAACAGCAUAAUGCAAGCUUGGAACAAACUCUAUAUGAUCAAAUGACUCGUCAACAUGAAUUUCUAAACACAUUUGAGACAACGAUCAAAGACAAGAUUGAAAGUACCUUGCCGCGUACAGUCGAAGAUACGAUAAAGCCUUUGAAGCAUCAAAUGAGAUUAGACGCAAAUCAAAUGGACGAACAUUUUCAGAAAAAUAUAUCUGAAUUGAUAAGCAGUUCUCAUGUAAAAGAUACCUUAUCUUUGACAGCUGCAAAUGCAGCUAAACCAGCUCUGGAUGCUGCUUUUAAGGAAGCAUUCACAACUGUCCUUUUACCUAAUAUGGAAAAAAUUUGCCAAAUUAUGUUUAAGCAAAUCCAGGAAGCUUUUAUUAAAGGUACUCGCGAAUAUCUACAACAUGUCGAUACAAUCAUCGAUAAACAGUAUCAACGUCAUAAUGAGCAGCUAAGCGAAAUGUUAUCAACAUUGGUACGCGAAGAAAUGCAAGCUGAAUUGAAUAGAGUUUUGACGACGAUACAAGAUGGUACUAUUCGAACAAUUCGUGAUUCCAUACGAGAGAAUCUGAAUCAGCAACUUACAGAAAUUUCUAGUGCGCGGUCAAGAGCUACAACACCUGCUAUACCUGUAACCGCUGUAGCUGAUGCUCAAGCGCGUGUCAUGUCCCUCCUUCAAAGAGGUCAACUGAACGCAGCUUUUCAACAAGCUCUGAGUGCAAGUGAUUUAGGAUUGGUAGUACUAGUGUGUGAGAAAACAGAACCUUCGAGAGUAUUUUCGUGUAAUGGAGCCCCAGGACAAGCCUCAAGAUGCAUUUUGCAGCAACCUGUUAUUCUUUCUCUCGUACAGCAAUUAUCUGCUGAUUUAGGGCACCGUACAGAAUUAAAACACAGAUGGCUGGAGGAAGCAAUAUUGAAUUUGGAUCCAAGUGAUCCAGUAACACGAGAACAUAUGGGCACGGUGCUAAUGACUCUACAAAAUCAAAUAGCUACGUUUGUAGCGAGUAAUCCGAAUCAUCGAUCGACGCGCCGCAUGAAAAUGCUCGCUAUGGCUACACGUGCACUAUUAAAUCAACAUCCUUGACCAUCACGUUUGUGAGAUUACUCAAAUAUAUGAUAUAAGAUUUUUUAUGUUCUGUUUAAAGACUACUUUUGUCUAAAAGCAAUAUUAACAGAAGUCGUGUUUAAGACGCAGUAAUUUUCAUAUAGAAUAUAAAACAGAUAUAGGUAUGUGUGAAACCAUUAGCACUCACACUACUUUAACAAACAUUCAGAUUCAUUUAAUUUUAUUUAAGAGAUAGAUCUUUUUUUACAUGCUUAAAGUUUUGUUGAAAUUUUUUAAAUUUAUGUAAUUUUUACAUAAGCUAUAUCUGAUUUAAUUCUAAAGUGAAAAAAAAACGUUUUAAGUUGAGCGUAAUAUUGAUUUGAUGAUAGAUUAGUACUAGAAAAUGGUCAGUGCUAAUGCUGAAAAAAAAUAUUUUUUUCGUUCCAUACUGUUUAAGUUUUGCAUGAACAGUGUUACAUCCUACAUGUGUGACGACUAAAAAUAAAUUUUCACUUGUAAGUUAAUAAUAAAAAUUACAAUAUUUCUUCAAAUUUUAUAACCUUAUAAACAUAGUGCAUGUAUUUCAUGACAUUACAUUUAAUCAUACUUGUAUGAAAGAUCCGUCUGUAAAGAUUUUUAUUAAAACAUCUAACUUUGAAAGCUUUUGGUUUAAUAAUUGUUUAGAAACAUAAUUUUUUGACAGAGAAAGAUUCUAUUUUUGUGACUAGCGAUUUGUGAACUAGGAAAAGUCUAUAUCGGGAAAUAAAUAAUAAUACGCUACAUGAUAAUUGUAAUAUUCAACUGAAUGAGGUAAAGUUGGAAUUAUUUUACUUCUAUGAUCAAGUUCAAAUAUUUGUACCUAAUAGAAAGAUUACGUUGUUUAACUAUAUGUAGUGGUAGAUCUACUUAUAAGCUUGAAAAUUAUAGGACCUUGAUAUGCCAAAGAGCCCUCAUACGUCAAGGUCGUGUCUUGAAUAAAUUAGAAUAUCUUCAGCUUUUUAACUUCAAAUUUUCUAUGUUAAAUUUCUCGUUUUUUUCAUUGCAACAAUUAGUUUUUUUUUAAUGUCAUUCACGCUUAAUUUUAUGUAUGUAU